AUGAGCAUGGUAAAGAGCCUAGAGCGGCUGGAGCAGCGGCUGGCUGUGAUGGUGGCUGCCCAGGAGACUUCUCAGGCCUGGUCUUCACUGGGAGAGGAGGGGCCGGCGACCAUGAAAAAGGACAAGAGCCAUGGCCGGGAUGAGGCGGACUGCAGGGCAGAGCUGAUCCUCAUCAACGGGGACUGCACCGAUCCUGCUAACGACACACCCACCCUUGUUCUGGAGGCGAAUGGGAAGCCCAGCGCUCCAGAUGCCGGGGGCCUGGGGCUGCCGUCCCUGAAGAACAACAAGAGGGUGAACAAGGGAGACCUCUCCAAGGAGGACCUGUCCUGGCCGCUCGCUCUCGCCGGGGCGCAGGAGGUGCGGCCCCGGGGCAGCGCCGGUUGGGAGAGCAGCCUCAGGCAGAAGCCCCCCGUCCGCCUCAUCUUCCAGGCAGGGCAGACCCGGCAUGAGAUGAAGAUCAAGGAAACGAACAGCGUGGAGACUCUCAGGGACCUGCCAGCUCCCCUGCGGAGCUCCAAGCGGCGCCUGGCCACAUCCAUCCCCGUGACCACCAUCGACCUGACGGAGGAGGACUCCCGGGACUCAUCCCGGAGCAGCAGCACGCUCUCCGGCAGCAGCUCCCAGGAGGGCCAGAACGGCUCUGCCGAGCUGGGGGCCGAGGAGCCGGAGAGCAGAGAUGCAGGGAUGGCGCUGGAGUACCAGGAUGGGAAGGAAUUUGGAAUUGGGGAGCUUGUCUGGGGAAAGAUCAAAGGUUUCUCCUGGUGGCCUGCAAUCGUUGUCUCCUACAGAGCCACGGCCAAGCGCCAGGCUGUCUCAGGCAUGCGGUGGGUGCAGUGGUUCGGAGACGGGAAGUUCUCCGAGGUUUCUGCAGACAAGCUGGUGGGACUGAUGGCCUUUCGGCAGCAUUUCAACUCUUCCACAUUUAAUAAGCUGGUCUCCUACCGACGAGCGAUAUACCAUGCCCUGGAGGUUGCCCGGAGCCGGUCGGGGAAGACGUUUGCAGCCACCCCUGGAGAGUCCCUGGAGGAGCAGCUGAAGCCCAUGAUCGACUGGGCGCUUACCGGCUUCAAACCCUUGGGCUUCAAGGGGCUGCGACCGCCCAAAGCCUCAGAGAAUGGUGCGCUGAGGAACGGGACGGAGGAGGUGCUGUCCCUCGAGCAGUGCCCCCCCACCAAGAGGCUGAAGACCAACCUCUGCAACAACAGCAAGGAGCAGCGAGUGGAAGAGGAUCAGACCCGAGAGCAAAUGGUUUCCGAAGUUACGAACAACAGUGGGAGUCUCGAAGACAGCUGUUUGUCCUGCGGGAGGAGAAACCCAGCCACCUUCCACCCGCUGUUCGAGGGGGGCCUCUGCCAGACGUGCAGGGAUAGAUUCCUGGAGCUCUUCUACAUGUACGAUGAAGAUGGCUACCAGUCCUACUGCACCGUCUGCUGUGAAGGCAAGGAGCUGCUGCUCUGCAGCAAUGCCAGCUGCUGCAGGUGCUUCUGCGUGGAGUGUCUGGAGGUGCUGGUGGGGCGAGGGACGUCGGCCAGGGCAAAAGAGCAGGAGCCCUGGAACUGCUACAUGUGCCAGCCCCAGAGGAGCUACGGGGUGCUGCAGCGCCGGCAGGACUGGAACACCCGCCUGCAGGACUUCUUCACCAGCGACAAGGGACAGGAAUACGCUGCACCCAAAAUCUACCCAAUGGUCCCACUAGCGAAGAGGAGACCUAUUCGAGUGCUCUCUUUAUUUGAUGGCAUAGCAACAGGGUACCUGGUGCUGAAGGACUUGGGCAUCCAAGUGGAGAAGUACAUCGCCUCAGAGAUCUGCGAAGACCCCAUUGCUGUGGGCACCAUGCGGCACGAGGGCAACAUCACCUACGUGCACGAUGUCAGGAACAUAACCAAGAGAAACAUCGAGGAGUGGGGUCCCUUUGACCUGGUGAUCGGUGGAAGCCCCUGUAACGACCUCUCCCUUGUCAAUCCGGCCAGGAAGGGGCUGUAUGAAGGAACCGGGAGGCUGUUCUUUGAGUUUUACCACCUGCUCAACUACGCCCGUCCCAAGGCAGGAGAGGAGCGCCCCUUCUUCUGGAUGUUCGAGAACAUGGUGGCCAUGAGGGUCAAUGACAAGAGGGACAUUUCUCGGUUUCUGGAGUGUAACCCGGUUAUGAUUGAUGCUAUCAAGAUAUCGGCUGCCCACCGAGCACGCUAUUUCUGGGGCAACCUUCCGGGGAUGAACAGGAUCUUUGGCUUCCCCCUCCACUACACAGACGUCUCCAACAUCGGCCGUGGGGCUCGCCAGAAGCUGCUGGGGAGAUCGUGGAGUGUCCCCGUCAUCCGGCACCUCUUUUCCCCGCUCAAGGAUUACUUUGCCUGUGAAUAG